AUGGCGCAGGCCCCGGGUAGUUCAUACAACAACCCGUUGAAGAAGUUCAAGUUGGUGUUUCUGGGCGAGCAGAGUGUUGGCAAGACCUCCUUAAUAACACGGUUCAUGUACGAUUCGUUCGACAAUAUGUACCAAGCCACGAUCGGUAUCGACUUCUUAUCAAAAACGAUGUACCUUGAGGACCGAACAGUCCGUUUACAACUAUGGGAUACGGCUGGGCAGGAGCGUUUCCGCAGUUUGAUUCCGUCGUACAUACGCGAUUCAAGUGUUGCAGUGGUGGUCUACGAUAUCUCCAAUGCGAAGUCGUUCCAGAACACGCGUAAAUGGGUAGACGACGUCCGGGGCGAGCGAGGGAACGAUGUCAUCAUUGUUCUGGUGGGAAACAAGACGGAUUUGAACGAUAGGCGGGAAGUGACGACGCAGCAGGGCGAGGAGGAGGCGAAGAAGAACAACCUGAUGUUCAUCGAGACGAGCGCGAAGGUCGGGCAUAACAUUAAGAACCUGUUCAGGAGGAUUGCUCAGGCCUUGCCGGGAAUGGAGGGGGCCGACAGUGCUGCGUCUGCUGGGAACCAAAUGAUCGAUGUGAACAUCAACAACUCAACCCAGUCGCAAGAGGGCUAUGGAGAAGGGAGAAGGGAGGAGAAGGGAGAAGGGAGAAGGGAGAAGGGAGAAGGGAGAAGGGAGAAGGGAGAAGGGAGAAGGGAGAAGGGAGAAGGGAGAAGGGAGAAGGGAGAAGGGAGAAGGGAGAAGGGAGAAGGGAGAAGGGAGAAGGGAGAAGGGAGAAGGGAGAAGGGAGAAGGGAGAAGGGAGAAGGGAGAAGGGAGAAGGGAGAAGGGAGAAGGGAGAAGGGAGAAGGGAGAAGGGAGAAGGGAGAAGGGAGAAGGGAGAAGGGAGAAGGGAGAAGGGAGAAGGGAGAAGGGAGAAGGGAGAAGGGAGAAGGGAGAAGGGAGAAGGGAGAAGGGAGAAGGGAGAAGGGAGAAGGGAGAAGGGAGAAGGGAGAAGGGAGAAGGGAGAAGGGAGAAGGGAGAAGGGAGAAGGGAGAAGGGAGAAGGGAGAAGGGAGAAGGGAGAAGGGAGAAGGGAGAAGGGAGAAGGGAGAAGGGAGAAGGGAGAAGGGAGAAGGGAGAAGGGAGAAGGGAGAAGGGAGAAGGGAGAAGGGAGAAGGGAGAAGGGAGAAGGGAGAAGGGAGAAGGGAGAAGGGAGAAGGGAGAAGGGAGAAGGGAGAAGGGAGAAGGGAGAAGGGAGAAGGGAGAAGGGAGAAGGGAGAAGGGAGAAGGGAGAAGGGGAAGGGUGGACCUUGGAGCUCGUCGAUGUGGCUGUAUUCGACCUUGAUGCAUUAUGUGGACGUGGGAGAUCUUGAGCAUAGCGGUUCUGGCGAGCCUUGUAUGAUAGUAUGAUAGCAGAUAGUAUGAUAGCAUUGAAGAUACGCCUGGCUUGAGCACAGGAGUGUUCGUAGGCCUAUGA